UGACGUCAUAUUACUGAGACGAUGCUCUUGAGGACAUGACUUGUUGAACAACCGGUGUGGAUUUUAUAAACGUCCCGUGAAUAAACUGACGCAAUGUUUGCUUGUAAACGUAGCUUGGUGGUCUCUGCUCUCCGGGUUCUUCGCAGUAGUCAAGUUGUUGUUGUGUCUGGUCAUGGGCAGAGAUGUAUGUCUACACAAACAGACGGAGAGGCCCGCAUCGCGAACAUACUGAAGGAGAAGUUCCCGUUAGCCGCAUCGCUCAAAGUUGUGGAUAUAUCAGGUGGUUGCGGGGCCAUGUAUGAGAUCCAUAUAGAGUCCAGUGAGUUCAAAGGGAAAAGGACCAUCCAACAACACCAAUUAGUCAAUCAGGCACUCAAGGAAGAGAUUCAAGGAAUGCAUGGACUGCGAAUAUUUACUGAUGUUCCAAAACAUUAGAAAAAGUAAUUCCACUGUUGACCCACAACUUUUUCCUUUUGUUCCCCCUGUCUAUUAUGAAUGUACAGUUUUGAAGAGGAUAUUGUGUAGUACAUGACUUACAUGAUUGUUAAUGUGUCAGUGGCAGAAAAGCAGAGGGACAUGGAUCUUCUUAUCGUCUCUGGCAUACACAGUGUGAAAUGUAAAUAAAAUGAUUACACUAAGUUAUCUUUAAGCUAGUGAGAUAUCUUCUACUCUGAGAAAGUAUAAACCCGUUGACAGUAUGCACAAAGACUUAGUAAAAUGCAAGAAACAUUUUAAGUCAGGUAGGUUUCUGCCCUUUUCUUCUCAGGGUUGAUAACAAUGCUGGUGUAAUGAUAAGCAGUCAAAUAAGUAAUAAACAGAACCUCCUGAAUGUUGGAGAAUUACUACAAA